AUGGGCCUACAACUAACGUGGAUGGCAGAACUUCGACGGGCGGCACGGCAGAUGGGCGUAGAUCAAGUAUUCAUCGAUGAGGUCACCCUUUGGGACGGUGAAGAGGUCCUUCCGGCAGGAGAUUCGGAAUCUGAUGACGAUGACAACGGUAAAGACGCGCAAGGCGAUGUAACCAUGGCAGAGGACGAAGUCCCCAAGCCUCCUGCUCGAGUGCAGGAUAUUUAUCGAGAAGCGACACCUCUUCUUUACGAGCUUGGGCAUAAUCCUAGUGAUAAAGGCUUGCUUGACCAACUGAAUGGCCUUAACCACAGAAUUAGUGCCGGGAAUAAAGCUCACAAUAAAUAUGCAACAGACAAGAGUGAGAAAAUCCCAAAAUACCGGUGGCUGAUCCCCGUAAGCUUCUUCGGACCACAUUACAAAAUAGCUCUGGAGAGUUAUCAUGUUCUUCUUCAGGAUCCAAAGAACGAGGUCGCGAGAAAGAAUUUGGUGACAGAGAAAGUCCUCAUAGACGAAUAUGUUACGAAGCACCAUCUUCCUGAAGAAUGGAGUUUUGACGUGGCGGACGAUUUUCUCAAAGCAAAGCCUGUGCCUGCCAAUGCGAAUCGCAUUGACUACCCGUGGCCCACCGCUAAGGCCGCUGAUGGGUCUCUCAUCAUAGGAGUGAGACAGCAGGGGAAAUGGGGAACCCAGGUAUGCAUAGAAACUACUAAAGAAGAUGGUCGGCUAGUGCGCAGACUCGUGUCGGCCUCGAAUGUUGGGCUGCUUGAAGUGGAGCACUACAAGAGUAUGGCUGGCCAUAAGAACCUAGCCGACGGCCAGUCAAAGUGGUCCGACAGGGCCCGAAGUGACUUCAAGGAGCUACUUUGGGUCACGAAGUCCCAGAUUCAACUCAAAAACGUGGCUGCAAACAAGAAGGAUCCUCCAACCGACUGCUGCGUAGAGUUUCAAAAGAAAGGGAUGCAUAUACUCACUGUAUCCAGUCUGAACAAGGUCCUCGGACCCGCGAGCGCAAGGGCGAAAAUUGAGAAGGUCUGUGAGCGAGACGGCAUACCUGCGCCGUGGAAGGCAGGGUGGGUGAGCUACUACAAUGACCCCGCCAAGGUCGAAAAGGACCCGACAAGACGUAGGGCUAUGAAGGACGCCCAAGCAGACGAGUUGGCCGUGCUCAGUCGCUCAGAUCGCCGACGGAGUUCAAGUGCACAUUCCCGUCGAUCGAUCAGUGACGUUGAAAGAGAUCAACAGGUUCAAGAUCUGGAGUCGAAGGUGCACGACCUGGCUGACACGGUAAGCAGCUUGAAUAAAACAGUGAGCGUGCUGGCAGACAUGUUCGAGGAGUUUAUGAAGACUUCCGCAUCUGCUCCUGCACCAAAAUAA